ACACCGAUUACACGUGAACACACAAUGACUGCCUUUGCAGAAUUUGGUUGUCUCCCUGAGAUUACUCAGGCUGUGGAUGAAAUGGGAUGGCUGUUGCCAACUGAUGUUCAGGCUGAAGCCAUUCCUCUCAUCCUCGGGGGUGGAGAUGUUCUUAUGGCUGCAGAAACUGGAAGUGGAAAAACUGGGGCGUUCUGUCUACCAGUUAUCCAAAUUGUCCAUGAAACACUGAGAGACAAGGCAGAAGGAAAGACAAAGGAAUCUACUGCUUCUGUUAGCAUGGAUUCCAGCUCUUGGAAGAUGAAUGUUUAUGACAGAGGAGAUGCGAUGGCUAUUGAUAAAGAAGGUCUGCUGUGUCAAAGUCGAGAGAUGCAAUCAUGGCAUGGCACCAGGGCAAAUAAGGGUGUCAGUGGUAAAGGAAAGUACUAUUAUGAGGCUGAAGUUACAGAUGAAGGACUUUGCCGAGUUGGAUGGGCUACCGACAAAGCUGACUUGAAUCUUGGAACUGACAAGCAGGGUUUUGGAUUCGGUGGAACAGGCAAGAAAUCAUUUGGACGACAGUUUGAUACCUACGGAGAGUCAUUUGGAAAGGAUGACAUCAUUGGUUGUUACUUGGAUCUAGAUAGCGGAGAAAUCUACUUCUCUAAAAAUGGCAAAGACCUUGGCUUGGCAUUCUCUAUACCUGGUCAUCUUCUCAAGUCUACCUAUUACCCCACAGUUGUCCUCAAGAAUGCUGAGAUGAAAUUCAACUUUGGUCUCACUCCUUUCAAGAAUUCACCAUUUAAAGGGUACAGUGCUAUCUGUGAAGCGCCUUCAAACUGUGUUGUCAAAUCUCCAAACAUGGGUGGUGGGCUUGCUGGCCCUGCAAAAGCAGCACCCAACGCUCCUCAGGCAAUCAUCAUCGAACCAUCACGAGAACUUGCUGAACAGACUUUGAACCAGAUAAGACUCUUCAAAAAACACCUUACAACGCACUGCCCAAGAGAAUUGUUGAUCAUUGGAGGACAAGCAGCCAAGGAACAAGUAGACGCGCUCUUUAAAGGAAUUGAUAUUGUUGUAGCCACACCAGGACGUUUAGAAGAUCUGAUGAGUACUGGAAAACUCUUACUGUCACAGGUAGGGUUAUCAUUCAUUAUACAGGUAUUUAUAUAAUCUCAUACCGAAUUGCACGACAAAGCCGACCAAAAUUAAUUUAGACAAUUGGUCAGCAUAUGUGCUUUCUAUAAUUUAAUUUCUUAACUUUUAAAGAUAAAUUCCAGUUUUGGUAACGAUCUCAAAAUGACUUUUGACAGAAUCUAAUAUAAUGACCAC